AUGCUCAUCCCGAACCCGAUGCUGAUGCGCAGAGGACCCCCCGGCGGCCCGCCGAUGCCCCACCCGAUGAUGCCAUUCUUCCCGAUGCCCAUGUUUCCAUUUGUUCAGAGGGGUCACCCCGGCCCACCUGGCGAAGGCCCGCCCCAGAUGAGGAAGCUCUUCAUCGGUGGAUUGAAUCAUGAGACGACGGAUGAUGAUCUACGACAGUACUUCUCACAGUGGGGUCAGGUGGUUGACUCGAUCGUGAUCCGAGACCCGGCCACAAAACACUCUCGUGGAUUCGGAUUCGUCACAUUCGCCAGCAUUGCUUCGGCCGACGCUGCGUUGAUGGAACGACCACACGUUGUAGGAGGAAAGACGGUAGACAGCAAGCGGGCUAUUCCGCGAGAGCAGAUGACACCAAUGUUCCCGCCGCCGUUCUUCGAUUCUGAGCCAGCACCAGGAACGAAAGUCAUCAUCUCAGGCAUUCACUGGGAGCACCACACCGUCGAGCGUCUGCGCGUCCACUUUGAGCGUUUCGGAGCAUUAGAUCAGGUUGAGAUUGUCGCGCAACCACGCGGAAUGGGCUUUGUCGUAUUCGAGGAUCGUGAGGGAGCCGAGAAGUGUUUGCAGCACAACCGAGGCCGACACAUGAUCAACGAGCGACCGGUGCUCGUCAGGGCUUGCCCUACACAAUCGAUACCUGCGGCUCAAGUAUGGAAGCGCCGCCCGGGACCUUCUUCACUUUCUGAUGGCGUCGCUAGUUUAAGUCUAGAUGACAGAUACGAGAAUGAGAGUAGCUAUGGAGGCACAACCGAGGACGAGGGCAAGGAAAGCGAGCGCAGCAGUACGGAUUCUGUGAACGGGCAAGACGUUGAUAAGAACGAAGAGUCUGAUGUGAAAUCCGAGAAAACUGAAGUUAAGGCCGAUGCUUUA